UACAGCCGUGGCGGGUAUAAAAGGCCGGAUCGGAGCGGCGGUACGGCAGUAUUCCCGCAGAGGUCGUCAGGAGCAGUCGCCACGAUGGAGGGGUCAACGAACUUUUUACGCAACCCCGUAAUGGGAAAUGGGAAUUUCCCAACUUGAAGUCUCGAGGGACGCUGCAGCGAGGACACGCGAGCAACCGGCCCCGCGGUGGACGCGCUGUGAGACCUUGAACGGGCAGCGACUGAUCGAGUUCCGGCUGGGGCACGAGGCGGCGGGCGCGCCGCUGCGCGUGGUCUCCGCCGAGCUGGUGGUGCGCGCCGAGACGCUGGCGGGGGGUGCGGGGGGCGCGCGGACCGCGGGCGGCGCCACGCUGUGGGCCUUCACCGUGCACAACGCGACGGUGGGCGCGCUGGCGGGCGCGGCGCGGCGGGUGGCGGCGCGCGCGUGGCAGCGCCUGGACGUGACGGCGGCGGCGCGGCGCUGGGCGGCGGGCGGCGCGGCGGACUGGCGCCUGCUGCUGGACUGCUCGGGCUGCGCGGGGCGCGUGCGGCUGCGGCUGGGCGGCGGGCAGGCGGCGCGCCCGCUGCUGCGGCUGCGCGUGCAGUCGCCGCCGCGCCGCCGCCGCCGCGCGCUGGACUGUGCGGGCGCGCCGCGCGGCCACUGCUGCCGACAGACCUACUACGUGAGCUUCCGUGAGCUCGGCUGGGACGACUGGAUCGUGGCGCCGGAGGGCUACCACGCCAACUACUGCCGCGGCGCGUGUGCGCGCAGCCCCUUCGCCUUCGCCACGAACCACGCGCAGGUGGCGGAGGCGGCGCGCCUGCAGCUGGCCGCGUGCUGCGCGCCGCUGCGCUUCUCCGCGCUGUCGCUCAUCUACUUCGGCGAGGACUCCAACAUCAUCAAGCGCGACCUGCCCGAGAUGGUGGUGGAGGAGUGCGGCUGCCCCUAGCCGCCUCCGCCCCGCCCGCCCCGCCGCCGCCGCCGCUCCGCUCCGCUCCGCCAGCGCUCGCUACCCUGAUCGCGGUGCGCUUCUGCCGCUCUCCAAACCGAGUUAUCCGAAUCGAUUAUAACUAAUAUUCUCGACUUGUGUAAUAUUUUGUUCUCGCGUUCAAAAGACUCUAUAACCUAAAUCGAAUAAUAAAUAAAUAAUUUAAUACGCUGUUUUAUUUCACCGUUUUGGUGAUCGCUUGUAAUUAUUGUAAACUGUAUUAUAAUAAUUAUUAUGAUAAUAAAUCAACUUUUUCAUAAUUA